CUCAGGCGGCCGCGGCGCGAUGGAGGCGCCGGCCGAGCUGCUGGCCGCGCUGCCCGCGCUGGCCACCGCGCUGGCCCUGCUGCUCGCGUGGCUGCUGGUGCGGCGCGGGGCGGCCGCAAGCCCGGACCCCGCCGGCGCGUCCCCGGAACCCGCGCCCCCGGAGCCCGCGCCCCCGACCCAGGCCAGCCGGCCCCCCGCGCCGCCCGGGCCCUGCGCCCUGGAGCAGACGGCCGCGCCCGAGGGGCCGGGGAAGCCCGAGGGGCCGGGGGAGCCCGAAGAGCCGGGAGAGCCCGCGGGGUCGGCAGAGGCGGAGGAGCAGGCAGCGGAGGCGAGGCAGGAAGAGGAGCAGGAGCAGGACGGUGAGGAGGGCCUACCUCAAGCAGGGCCUGAGGAAGAAGACGGAGGUGAGGCCUUCUCCUUUAAAUACAGCCCCGGGAAGCUGCGGGGAAACCAGUACAAGAAGAUGAUGACCAAAGAGGAGCUGGAGGAGGAACAGAGGAUUGAGCUGACCUCUGACCUCACUUCCCUGUAGCAAGUUCCUUAGGUCCUGAGCCACAAAUAUUCUUGCAAAUCCUUUUGAUCUGAAGAAUAAUGAAGUUAUCCUUAGCCUCCUCCCAAGGCUUUUCCUUUGGGCAUCUUAAAAGCUUGAGAGAUAAAAUGGAAACCCCCAGAGAGGAGCCGUGCAGGCUCUGGGGCACAUCUUGCCUACAUAAGUCUGCCGGGACAUAGACCCUCAAUCAGGACUUUGCCCUUGCCUGGGAGGCCCCCGGGAGUGGCCCUGGCCCCUCCAGUGUAGGGUGUUCCUCCCCGUUGUGUGGAUUGCUUUGUUAAGCUGAAGGGUUUUAAGAGUUUGAUUUCAUGUCCUGGACUUCGAUUUUUCUUAUCACUCAACCUUGCUCCCCACACACCCUUCACAUGUGAGGCAUCACCAACGUCAGCCACUUCAUCAUUUUAAGAUCAGUGUAGUUUCAUUCCAGCCCUCCUGCUUUUCCUUUCACUGAAACCAAACCAGGAGAGACUGUGAGGUGUGAUGGGCAGGUGAGGCAGAGCUGCAUGCGCUCACUGGCUGGGUCAGGGAUGGCCCACACCCUCCUUUCCCUCGAUGCUCACUCCCCUCUCUCUCUGGCUGGCUCGGGUGUUGGGGGAGAGACGCCAUGUUGAUGACUGGGCAGCAAAGGACCAGUGCCAGCUAUCGAUUACCAUCGUCCUUGUCUUUCACUUAGAGGAGGCUUGAAUCCAGCCCUCUUGUUGCUAAGAGGCCUUUCCACCAACCUUCUUACCAGCUCAGCCGAAUCUCACCUUGCUUUGGCAGAAGCAAUAAUAGUGUUUGCUUAAAAUAGAUUUCUUGACUACGCCUUUUCCUAGAAGGAUUCGUAGAUGAGUUAGAACCUCACCAGAUAAUCAGAUCAGUCUGGAUUCCUGUCUUGGAAUUUUAUAUUUGACAGUAUUUAUACUAUAUGAAACUAAUCUGCAGUUUUUAGAUAUUGUUGGUUAAAACAUUUCUUUAGGCAGUAAGUUUAUAGAAAAAUUUUUUCCAUUUAAUGGAAGGCUGGGAAAUGUUCAAGGUCAACCCCUAGGGCAGUUCAUUCCCAGUGACCUUCUCCCCUGGGCCUAAUACCUUAGGUUCAGGGACUUAGGGCAGAGCUGGCAGUGAAGAGACAGUCAUCCCGAGCCACGUGACGAAUAGAUGCAUUCUGUGAGCACAGGUGUCCCCGCACCGCGAUAGUAACUCCCUCGUCCAGGCUGGGAGCUGAUUGAUACAAUAGUAGGUGAUUCCUCCAGGCUGGUUAUCUAAGUUCGUCUGGAAACUUUCUGAACAUGGCUUGUAGGCUCCAAGCCUCACGUGCUCCUGGUGGCUGGGAUCUGUGUAUCAGCCUUUGUUCAGUCCAAUAAAAUUUGAGUAGAUGAUCUUGA